UUCGUGCUGAUUCACACCGAGAAAGUUCUGCUAUUAUCAUGCGAGCUCUCCAAUAAUGUCGAAACACUCUCCUGCUAGUGCAGUCAGCGAUGGACAAGACGUUUGGAGCGAUGAAAGUGGCAACGAAGACGGAGAUGCUGGCUCCAGCAGAAAGCGGAGGAGAACCGCUACUGAGAAACCCAUCAGUGUCUCGUGCGAAACCUGCAAAUCUCGAAAAGUAAAAUGCGACAGAGCCCGGCCCUCUUGCGGAUGGUGCUUAAAGAACAAUCAAUUAUGCGAAUACAAGGAGCGCAAAAAGCCGGGUCUUCGCGCUGGCUACGGCAAAGAACUCGAAGGCCGCAUGGCCGAGCAGGCUGCCGCCAUUGAAGAGCUUCGACAGAUCAUUGCCCGCCAUGAAAUCGUCAUUGCGCAAUUAACAAACGACCAGGAACGGUCCCCUCAUGCUUCUGGCAGUCAUUCUGAAAAUCCGCUAUUUCGAACGCCGUCGUUACCAACAACUCAUGUACCAAGACCUGAGACAGCUUUGUUCAUGCAAAGGCCAAGCCAUUCUCCAUACAUGUCAGCCUUCAGCAAUCUGAACGAUCGGCGCACUCCGAGUCUCCCUCACAGUGCCGGUUUUCAAGGACAGGUGGGGUCGGAAAACAUGGCGAGCUCCGGUAUUCAAGGUGUACAAGCAGUUACUAAGGACAUAUUUAACGAACCAAAUCCAGCCAUGCAAUCACCUACCCUUGAUCUGCCAGAGCAUUCCGGAACAACGCCUAACUCCGUGCCCGCUACUGCCUCCCACGAGUUUCCUGACCAUGAUCUAUGUUACCAUUUAGUCGACCUCUUUUUCAAGCACAUCAAUGUUUGGUGUCCUAUUUUGCAUCGAAGAUCGACCAUGGACCUUCUCUUCGGUCCGAUGCCUUUGCAAGAAGAAGAAAAGGUCUUGUUGCAUGCGAUUAUUGCUACGACGCUACGAUUCUCUUCGGAUCGCAGGCUCAACGACAGUUUUCGUCAAAGCCAGCACAAGAUUUCUAAGGAAAGAGUGCAGCUGUUUGGAAUGGAGCACAGCUCUGUUAGGGCACUGCAAGCGCUUGUCAUCCUCACGCUAGACCUUGUCGGCGAUUCGAAUGGACCGCCGGGCUGGAACAUGUUGGCUCUGAUCGCCCGUCAAGUAGUGCAGUUGGGCCUCAGUGUCGAAAGCACAUCCCUUUCAAUAGCUCCUAUUUAUCCGUCGAUUUAUACGCUACGUGCCAUGAUUCUUCCAGAACCACGAGACUUCAUUGAAGAAGAGACAAGGCGCAGAUUGUUCUGGGUCAUUUAUCUUCUGGACCGAUACGCUACCAUCGCGACAGCCUUCGAAUUCGCUCUGGAUGAAAAGGAGAUUGAUCGUAGAUUGCCCUGUCGCGAAGACCUACUGAACAACAAUCAGCAUGUUCAGACGAGAUGGUUCAAAAGCUCAGGGCGGGUAGAAAUCUCUGAAGAUAAGCCAGAGAACCUAGGCGCCUACUCCUACUAUAUUGAAGUUGUUGGAAUAUUGUCAAAGAUACACCAGUUUCUUAAAGAGCCCGUCGACAUUGGGGCAUUAGCAGACGUUGAGCGUUGGCAAAAAAGAUACAGAGAACUCGAUAGUGAGCUUCAGUCUUGGAAAUACCGUCUGCCACAUGAGUACGGUGACAUGAGCAGAAUAUACGAUCGUGGACCCAAGCAAAAAGCUGUGAACUGCAGUUGGGUCAUGCUUCAUGCCGCGUACCAUACCACGAUAAUUCGAUUGCACUCAUCAGCAGCUUAUCCAACAACUCGUUCGCCAAUAUUUACCCCGUCCUAUUCAGCCGCGCAAAGAUGUCAGGCAGCGGUGGAGAACAUUGUUGCUCUAAGCACCUAUGUGAAAACUGCAGAUAUUCUCAAUCAAUUCGGGCCUCCUUUCGCUUUCUCUCUUUGGGUUGCAGCUCGUGUGCUGCUGGUUCAUGGAUGCACAAUUGAUCAUCGCGUUUCACAGUCGAUUAACCCACUGGUUGAGACCUUAAGGGAGAUGGGCUCGUACUGGAAAGUGGCUGAUCGAUAUGCGACCCUACUGCAGCGUGUGCUUGACGAGUACAGGGAAUCCGAAAGAGCACCAGGAAUGGAAACCCCUAACACCGUUAAGAUACUCGCUGAUAUGCGUCGGACGGCAUUCGAUCUAGACUCCUUAAUUAGCAGAGCGCCGAAGAUUCAUAACACGGGAAAUGUCAAAGUCAUCGCCACCCCAGCUCGAACUCCGGCGCCAAGCGAUCUUGAAUAUCUCGACGUUUUCGACUUCUUCAACUUACCGCGCUUGCCAACAAAUCCCGGAACUGUCGCCGAAACAAAUGGAGGUAGGGAGGACGAUGCUCCCACAAAUGCUCAAAAUGGGUCAAAUAUGCAUGAACAUUCAGUGAAUGGGUUGAAUGAAUUCAAUAUCACCAAUUUUAUCUUCGAUCAGAAUACUGACUGGCUUGGUUCAUGAUACAACGUCAACAUGAUUGGAGAGAGCAUCCGUAAAAGCUUUUUGAAACAGACCAGAAAAAAAAUGAGAGAGAGAGAGAGAGAUUAUUGUAGCUGUUCGUUUGGGAAACGAUACCCUUUCGCGCCUGGAACGAGACAUUUUACUUUUUUUUCAUUUCCGCCUUCACGGCUCUACUCCCACUUGGACUGAGCAACAUUGAAAGCCAGAAAUCCCGAGGAAAAUUGGCUGUAUGAUAAAAGAACUGGUGCAUAGCAGGUGUCACGAAACUAGCCCGAACUGGGCUUAUCUCAUGAAUGAUUACUAUUUGCGAAAGUAGCAAUAAAGCCUCGUACAGAGUAUAUGUGUCAAUUCGCAGUUGUACCUGAACUCUCUUGGCAGAAUCAUCUAGGCAGGCUCAAUAAUAAAGGACUCCAAUCUCUCGC